UGCAGAAUUCUGAUGUUCUGGCGGUAAGAGAGACGGGACAUCUAUCCCAAUGAGACGAAAGAGAAAUGUCUCCACCGAUAAGUCGGAGGUGUUACGACUGACAUCAGAUGAGAUCAACCACAAGAAGCUUCGCGUUCGUCAGCUUCACAAGUUUACUAUCCUUCAUUAUUCACCCUUCAAAGCAGUUUGGGAUUGGUUUAUACUUCUCCUCGUCGUUUAUACAGCCAUCUUUACUCCAUAUUCAGCAGCUUUUCUACUUAAAAAUGAUGAAAACAAGGCAAAGCUUAACAAAGAUGCUGAUACCCGAGAUGGUGACAGUCUCUCCACCAGCUACACCCAGCCAUUGGUCUUCAUCGACAUGGUGGUCGACGUCAUGUUUAUUGUCGAUAUCUUCAUCAACUUCAGAACCACCUUCCUCGACGACUCCCUCGGCGAGGUCGUCUCGAACCCGGCCAAGAUUGCCAAGCAUUACUUGAAGGGAUGGUUCGUGAUUGAUGUGCUCGCCGCCAUCCCUUUUGAUCUUCUUCUAUUCUCUGUUGCAGCAGACGAGAAAACGACCUCAGCAAUGAGCUUGUUAAAAACAGCCCGAUUGUUGAGACUACUACGUGUUGCUCGUCGUUUAGACCAGUAUUCUCAGUUUGCUCCAGCCGUUGUGUGCCUCCUCAUGUGUGCCUUUACUCUUGUUUCUCACUGGAUGGCGUGUAUAUGGUACGCCAUCGGGGAGCAACAAAGACCAGAGAUACAAUAUGGAUGGCUAGACAUGCUAGCGCAAGAUUUAUUUACUCCAUACACGAAUGCAUCUACAGGUGGUCCAUCAUUAAAAGAUAAAUACGUGUCAUCACUAUAUUUUACUUUAACAACUUUAACAACAGUGGGAUUUGGAAAUAUAGCGCCAUCAACGGAUGCAGAAAAACUGUUUGCCAUCUGCAUGAUGCUUAUAGGAUCGCUCAUGUUUGCUUGUAUCUUCGGUAACAUGACGGCGAUCAUCGAGCGUCUUUACGCCGGUAUAUCCCGGUACCAGCAGCAGCUAAACCUCGUUAAAGAGUUCGUCAAGUUUCACAAUGUACCAAAUCCUUUACAAAGUCGGUUGAAGGAAUACUUCAAGCAUGCCUGGGUCUAUAUGAAUGGAAAUGACUUCCAUGAAGUCGCAGAAGUUAUGGCCGACUUUCCUGAUUUUCUUCAAGCUGAUAUAUCACUUCAUUUAAAUCGUAAUCUUCUCAAAGAAUCUAAUGCAUUCCGAGGUGUCAAUCAUGGAUGUUUACGAGCGUUAUCGAUGAAAUUCAAGACGACGCACACUGCUCCAGGUGAUAUAUUAAUACACAAAGGCGACUCACUAAAUGUCAUGUACUUUAUAUCGAGAGGAUCCCUGGAAAUUUUACAGGGAAAUCUUGUUCUAGCAAUUUUAGGAAAGAAUGAUGUUGUAGGUGAAAAUUUCUGUACGUGCCAGGAUGUGGGGAGGUCAAAAGGCACUGUGAGGGCGUUGACCUACUGUGACCUGGUGACAUUGACAAGAGAAGAUCUGAUGGAUGUCAUCAGGUCAUAUCCAGACUUCAAAGAUCAUUUUGCUGAGAGGGUUGAAAUCACCAUGGAUAUGAGAGAUUAUGAUACUUCUGAAAGAAGGCCUUCUGCGAUUCCUGAGAAAGACGUUGAGGCUGACAAGACACCGCAAAAGAAAACUUCAAAUUCUAGAAACAACCUGACAGUCAGCAAUACUAGAUUAACCAUUACACCUAUGCAAAGUUCAGAGAAUCUCCAAACUAUCUAUCGUUCUACAUCACCCAGUACUAGGAGACGAUUCAGAAAGCGGAGCGAGAAAUCAAGGUCACAAUCACAAGAUUCUUCCAAACGUACAACGGUCGACAUAGAGAUGAAUAGAUUAAACGCUGAUGAGGAUGAGGAGGAAGACGAAGGUGAAGAUGCCCCCAUGAUCCCCAAACACACCAGCAGCCCCCGCUCUCCCAAAAAACUUGAUCCCAUUCCACAUAGUCCUCUUAGAGAAACUCAGCACAUGGCGAUAUCAGAGCCACAGCUGACUGAGACAAGACAGAGAGGGCGUAUAUCAACAGGGUUGGGAAUAAGAGGAACGCCAGAGGGCGCCCCAACUAGUUCAUCGACAGGACAAAUUGCACCACCAGCGGUGCACAUUGUGGAUGCGAACAAACUAGUGUGUGAUAAAGCAGUGCAUAAGAGGAUAGAUGAACUAUACUUGCAGCUUGAUAACAUCGAAAAAAGUUUUGAUGCAAAAAGGAAUGAGAUAAUUGAUGUGUUAUUGAAAGAACAAAAGCAGAAAGAAAUGGCGGUGAUUGCACAGACAAUGCAACAGGAUGCCCAAUCUUUACUUCAUAAUAUCAUGCCGUCCACCAAUACCAAUGAGCAAAUUCCUAGUGUGUCGAACCGUGUCCCUGCCACUAUGGCAUCUGUUAUAACAGGAAACAAUGGUACUUCCAACAAUUUACACGAUGUCGAUAGACUCUUAAGCCAGCAGUUUCCUGGUGAUCAACCGGUGGAUGUUCCAGUCCUGCUACCGGAAUCAAAUUCCCAUUCAAUGCCUCAUCAACAAUCCAUGUAUUCCUCUAACACUAUGCCACGUGUAAAGAAGUGCGAACAACCAAGCACGCCGUUCGCGGAAACGCAAACAUUACAACGGCAAUCGCGAUCUCCGCGAUCAGACAAGCGACCGACGACGCGUUCGCCUCGCCCAAGCUCCGCGUCUGGUCGUGUCUCUACAGCACAUCGCUCUGUGUCUGGCCACAAUCUUCAGUCUGCCUCGUCUACCCCUUCUGUGAGUGGCCGGUUAUCUACAGACACCAAUGAAGUUAUAUGGCUAGAACGAACAGAUGAUUCAAGGAGAAAGGAUGACUCCGUCCUUUCGUCAACGUAUUGCUAACAAACGGAAGUCAUUCUUUAUGCGUAUGGUACAUGUUUUCUUAUUUGUUUCUAAUACUCGUAUUUGCCACAAGGGUACCAUACAACGUUACAACAGGCUGGCGAUCCAUGGAGUAUAAAUCUGCAACAAUAAUUAUCAGUACGUACGUACAUGAGUCACAUUGAAUCAUUUUGUCCACGCUGUUGAAGCGCGACUAGACAUAUUUAAUCAAGCGCUUACACUGUGGGCAGGACAUGCGCAACGCAUUAUCCUUCGUUUCCUUUGCGUGCACCGGAAGGAAUACGAAUGGAGGUUUUGGCUGGAGAGGACCAAUCACAGAAUGGAAUUUGAAAAACUCGCAUCACGUGUUGAAUACAUCACGUGAUCUUAAGCCGAGUUUGUGUCGUUAGUGAAUAUGAAGAAUGCCUACGUCUAUACCUAUCCAUGGGUGGGAUUUCAUAAUAUUCUAAUUUUCAACUACAAAAUUGAUUUAUAUACUAGUAUUUACUCCACGAUUAAUGUUUUACACUUGCGAAACCGAUUCCAGACCGACCAAUCUAUUUGCAAUGACGGUUUGGAUCCGGUUUCAUUGAUCAAGACGGUUGACUGUCGAACAAUUGCUUAUUUCAUGGUAGUCGGAUUUUAUAAAGGGUCCGGUUUCGGUUGUACUAUAGUCUCUCAAACAUAAAGUUAUGGACAAAUCUAUAUUUUUGUGGUUGUCAUGUUUAUGAUGAAAAUCUUUUUAUAUUCAUUGUUUUGAGAAUUAUAAUAUUAUAAAAAGGGCAUCAGCAUGCAAUGAAAUAAAUAUUCAAAGGUAAAUCAUGAACGAGGAUAAUCUAAUUGAACGAUUUUCCCUCAAUUCUUUAAACAAGUUUAACUUAUGCCUCUCAAACGGAGUUAACAAUAACCACAGCAUAAUCUACAAAUUUAAAUAUACGAAAGAUUAAGUGAUGAAAGACCAGAAAACAUGUCAAAUUUUACUACAUUCAGUUUCCACUAUAUCCAUGUCUUAAUCAAAACUAAUUUCUAAACCAAAUUAAUGAAAUAUUUCGUCUUCCUAUUUAAGUGUCAAGAAAGACACAUUGCAAUUUUUUUUAUAUAGAUUUCAAAGAGGUGAAAACGAAUUUAUAAUGCAGUAAAGAUAAUAAUUAAUUGCAGAACUAUUUCGCAUACUUUAUUAUACCUUUCAUUUCUCUAAGUUUGUAUUCCAAUAUUCUGUUAUUUUGUUUUCUUUGCUUCUUAAAGAUACUACAAAACACAAUCUCCCUUUCCUUUUAAAAACAAUGUGUAUUUUAUUUUCUCGCAUAUUAACAAAUUCCAUCUGCACAACAUGCUAUAUAAUUUGACCGAAAUAUCAAUUGUGCAAUGUUAGGAAAACAAUCUAACGAUAGAAUAAUUUUGAUAGAUAUACAGAGAGGGAGGAGAAAGAGAGAUACGGAAAUGAGAGAGUUUGGGAAGGAGAAAGAGAGAAGAAAAAUAGAGAGUGAAGGAGGAAGAGAGGAGGAGAGAGAAAGAGAGAGAUGCAACCAAAAGGGGCAAGAGUGAACAAGGAAAAAAUAUUGUAAGUAGCUGUGGUAUUUUACGGCGUCGCAUUAGAAAGAAAAGAUACUUCCAGAUUUUUUAUAAGUGAAAGAAAAUUUAUUAUGUGUUAGAUUAAUUACCAUUGAAUGUCAAAUCCCAUUUUGUAUUUUAUAUAUUUUGUAAAUAUGUAUGAUAUCAAAGAGUAAUCUCUCAAUAGAAUUAGGAAUUAUAUGUAUAUAUGUAUCUCCAGAACGAGAAUAUGUUUGGGUGUACAAUGAUGAGCCGAUUAUCACAUUUGUAUUCGAUAAAGGUUGGUGUGUAAACAAACGAAACUUUUUUUACUGAAGUUUACAGAUUACAUGCGCUUAAGUUUUAAGCUUGCAGUCAGUCAUCGAUAAUUAAUAGAAAUAUCUCUGUUUUCACAUUUUAGAUUAUUACACAAGUCUUUUUUCCAAUUGCAUUCUUCUCAAAUGAAUAAACUAUUUCAUAAUCUCAUAAUGGGGUUUAUGUUUCAAAGAACGUAAGCAGAGUGCAACGAGUCCCCGACUUUAAUGUAUUUCUGACAUUAAAUAUGCAAAUAUAAUGCUAAGUGUGUAUAACGUUCCUUGUGUCCAAUUACAAACUUAUGAGUUAACAUGUUAAUGCUAGAAAUUGUAAUUACUAGAUUGAUCGCGCUACUAUAAUGACACUUUCAUACUUUUCAUUUUUUCUAUAUCAUCUGUUUAAAUAUGAUAAGCCGAUAACGAAUUGCACGGAGUAAAGUCAUUUGACUCUUUUUUAAAAGGGCAAGCAAUGUCACAAUUCUUAAAAAUACGAUUUCUUUUCCUUAUUUUUUUGCUUUGUAUUUUGUUUAUUUAAAUUGUGCAGGUAAUAUAAACAAUUAUGUCUGUCACAUAUUACAAAAUGAACCUUUCUCCGCUUUGUGAUAAGACACACCUUAUUGCGCAUACCAAAGUUUAAUUUGUUAACUGCGCUCGAUAUUACAGUAACAAUUCGCAGCUGUAUAUUUUAUUUUUUUCUACAAUAUUGUUGACUGAUUAACAGAACAAACGGCCAAGAACAAAACAACGAAUUUUCCCAUUGUCCAUUAAUUCUGUUCUCUUCAAUUUUGCAUGAUUCAGUAAACUUCCCGCUGGUAUCUUUCCUAACCUCAAACGAAAAAUACCUUUAGAUUAAGAAUUCAAAUCAUACUAUGACUGCGUUUGUCUCCAUGAAAAUUAUGUUCUGCCUAGCCUAAUCUUAUAUUGAAACUAUUCCCUCUUAUAAUGAGUACCGGAUUUGGGUGAAUACAUGUCCAUAUAUUUGCUGCAAUGUGUGCACGAUUGUUUUCUUUGUCAAUGCAAGCAUAGGUGUGAACAAUACUUUACCAAAGAUAUGAUACUUCGAAAAAAGUAUGUGGUUUGCUUACUUGUCGUUAGCAUAUUCAGAAUCAUUUCCUAUGGCUCGGAGGAAUUUUUUUUUCUCUCCCACCUCCUUGUACUAUGGAGCAAGGAUUUUUCUCCCAUCAAUUAACACAUUUCCUUCAUUUUUAGUUAUUAUUUUACGUGAUCUUGGACAUACAAUAGAAGAAAAAAAAAGUCAUAAUGAAACUUAUACUUCUAUGUUUUUUAGAUAAAAAUGUGAAUGGAAAUGCUGAUGGUGAUACUAAUGAUAAUAGUGAGGAAACGGUGAUGAUGACAGAAUAAUAAUCAUGAUAACGUUAACCAACAUAGCCUUAAUAACGAACGUAACUAAAAUUUAAAUUAUUAACAAUUUCCGAUAAAAAAUAAUAAUGAAAAUAUAUAAAAAAAGAUAUAGAUUUAAACUACAAUUUCCAUUAUAUAUUUUGUCUUUCAACAUUAUAAUCUGAGAUGUGUUUCACAAAGAGUAAAGCGUGACUUUAAUUGAUAUUAUUUCAUAAACAUUCAUUAUCAACCUGCAGCACAAGUCCCUCUGAAAAUCUGUGUAAAACAUGCUCCUAUUUGCUAAAAAAAUUAUAGGAAAUUCCGUUGGAAAAUAUCUGACAUUUCAGAGUUUUAAAUUUCCCUUGUGUUCAAGAAAAAAUAUAUAUAUGAUUUAACGAUUGUAAGAUAUUUGGUUUAAAUGCAUAUUAUGUAUAUAAUUUGGUUGCAUUUGUAAAUUAUGAUUGUUCUAUGAAUUAUCUAAAAUGUUGCUUAGAUUUAUUUUUGCUGAACCUGUACGUCUGAUUAGCUGUUCAUGAUUUGAUUUGAUUUGAUCUGCUGUGAGCUGUAGUUUCUAUGAUUUGUUUUUAAUUAUUUUCCUUUUUAUGGAGGUAUACGUCGACCCGUUCGUUAAGGUUAAGAGAAUGGAAAGAUUGGGGACCGUUGGAAUAUGGCAAAGAGAGUGAAUUUUUGAUUGUCCUCAAAAAAGUUGCCAAAGUUAGAGACAUAAAUGUGGAUCGAAAUUUACAUAAUUGAAUGACAUUAUAAAUAAACAGUAUACAUAUACAUACUCUUCAAAUUUAAGCAUUAAUUUAAGAAUUUCAAAGUGCAUACAUCCAGACAUUAAACUAAUCGGAGAAACAGCUGGGAAAACAUUUCGAUCUUUUCAUCAAUUAUAUUCUUGGAUUAUGCAUGUGUAUUGUUUAUUGAUUUUUUUAGACAUUUCACAGAAAAAUACUUUUUACAGCAAAAGAAGAGAAUAUUUUCCAAUUACCGCGUUUGCACGCUGUCUCCACUCGCGGGUCAAACCCGCAAGCCGGGCAGCGUGUAAACACGUAAUAAUUGUGAAAGCUGGUAAAAUAUGUCCUUCCUCGUGAAUAUAUAUGAUAAAGAAUGUACAAUAUCACGUGCUAAUGAUAAUUACUUUACCUUCUCUCAAAAUUGAAAUAGUUUAAGAUUGAUGUAUAUGUUUUCUUGUGCGUUACCUGUAUUCAUGUGAUUUUAAAUAUCACAUGAGGAGUAAAAAUUAAAUACAUAUACUUUUCGUUUACAAAUAACUAAUCAUUGUUGUUGAGCAGUGAUGCAAAUUCAAUAAUUUAUGCCUCUAAUUGCAUUGAUUAAUUAGAUGGCAUGCACUGUUACGAUUGGAUAUUCCUCCGCAUAAAUAUAGGCCUACAUGACUUUAUUAUUCCGCUCCAUCCAUAACUAAUUUAUUCCAUAAAUUCACUCCAUAUAUAUUACUUUAAAUCAUUCGUUCAUCUAUUUGAUAGCUUUUGUUUUGAUAGUGGCAUAGCCAACUUACUUUAUUUUUAGCAGUUCUGAUCUGGUUUUGUGUUUUUUUUUUAUUAAAAAAAAGAAGAUUCGCGAGUCACCUACUAAUUUUUGUUUGGAUCUAGCAAUAAAGAAAGACUUCGUGUGGAAAUCUAU